UGUAAAUACUUCAUAAUCUUCAAUGCGUUUUUUGUAAAGAAUAUUUUCGAGAAGUGAAGAAAAAACGAGUUUACACCGAGCCACUGAAAUGGGGAAAGGAAACAAAACCUCAUGUUGAUGUUUAAGAGCCCUUGAACGUUACGUAUCUGAGGGAGAUGGGUGUUCUGGUAAAUAUAGGAUGGGGUCUGUUGCUGAGCUCCAGUACUAUCAUCUAUGGCACCUACUCAAUCCUGGCACAUCUUUGUGAAGUCGACGGAAAAGUCCCAUUUAAAUCUUCCUCUGUUGUACUGAUUAUUGAAGUAGGAAAGUUUCUGGUGUCCUGGGUGAUGCUGAUAUGGCAGACGAAGGGAAAACUUCCAGAAGAUGUUUCAUGUCGCUCUUUCCUACAUUAUGCAGUCCCAGGAUUACUGUACAGUGCCAGUAAUAAUCUCUCCAUGAUGAUGCAGGUGUACAUGGAUCCUACCACAUUUCAGGUGCUGAGUAACCUGAAGAUAGGUAUAACAGCUGUGCUUUACUGGGGUUUCUUAAGAAGGCCUUUAACCUUACGUCAGUGGAUUGCAGUAGGAAUUUUAACGAUGGCAGGGACCCUUGAUAGUUAUGGAAGUUAUGUGUCCAAAGGGAAGAAUUUUUCUGAGCUUUACAUCACGAUCACUGGAUUGGUGAUGAUAAUAGCACAGUGUGUUGUAUCAGGAAUGGCCUCCGUGUAUGCAGAGUACAUCCUGAAAAAACAAAAAGAGAUGUCCCUUCAUUUCCAAAACAUCAUGCUAUACACAUGGUUAAUUAUCAUCAAUACCUCCUUUUGGAUCUAUGAAGAAGUUGUUCAUGAAGAUAAAGACAACACUGGGAAGUUUCACCUGUUCAGAGGUUACACCCUGCCCACCUGGAUGAUUGUUGUUACACAGGUGUAUGUUGGUUUGGCGAUGUCUUUCAUCUUGAAACAUGGCAGUAACAUAACCCGGCUGUUCGUGGUGUCGUCCUCGCUGAGCGUGACCACCGUCCUCUCCGUGCUGGUGUUUGGGUUACACUUGAAUUCGUUCUUCUUUACAUCAUUAGGCUUGUUGUUGGUGUCUUUGUACCUGUUUCAUGGAGGUAAAUGAUUUUUUCUCGUAAUUAGGUUAAAGAGGAAUACACAGCAUAUGUACUGCAGCAAAAGUUUUCUAGUCUCAGCAUAGUGUAGAUUCAGUUUUAUUUGACGUGGACUUUUAUGUUCACAUAAUUUCUCGAGACUUAAGAACUCGCAAAAGUGAAGAUCUUGCAACAAUUUUUGUUGCUUGUGUUUAUUCAGUAUUGAUCAUUCUUGUAAGCUGCUUGUGUAUCGAUGUUCAAACAUAAAAUUUCACACAAAUGUACAAAUAUGCAGUAUGUUGAAAGUAUGUAGCAUUUUUAUUUGGUUGAGGAGUACAUGUAACUCAUUCUGUGUAUCCGGUAAUUAGUCAGAAAUUUGUUAAUUGUUUUUAUAUAUUUUUGUUUCUUGCCACAGUUCUUUUAUGUGCCAUUUUAUAGGUUUUUUUAAAACAAUUGUUUCUUUUAGUUAGUGAGCUAAUUCAAUUUCCUUUAAUUAUUGUCAAUUCAGAUGUUUUGGAUUGUGUGAAUUUCUUUAGAAAUAUGUGCCAAACGUUUGAAUUUUACAUACAUUGUAUGUACAUUUUUAAAAAAAAAGAAUUUAUAUCUACAACAAGUUAUACUUUGUUAAUUUUAAAAGACCUGUUAUUAAAAUCAUGUGUUUGAUAUCUGUACAUGGUUUAACCAGUUAUUUAUUAUCAUAUAGAAUUUGCAUAUAAAAAUGUAUUAAUUUGCGUAUUCUUGCCAGGUUAUAAUGUUAUGUUUUAAUGUUUACAAAUCAAAAAUAUACUACAUCAAUCAAUGUACAUUCGGAGGUGCUUUAUUGUUCAUUUUGUCAAUUUUGUAUGUGUAUAUAUUACUAUCAUUGAAGCUUAUUGCUGAUCAAAGCAUUCAUAUUCAAUUGGCAAUUUUUUAAAGUAUUACUUUAAUAUAUUUAUAUAUUUACAAAACAUUUGUCCAAGUCUAAUGCUUUUUUGAAGAAAAACUUUCUGAAAAGUAGCCGUUUUAUGUUAAAAUACCUACAAAUGGCAGCAAAACAUGUUUGUGAUAUCAUCAUUCUGACUAUAUGUCAUUUUUUGUCAAAUUGCAAUUAAUUAAAAAAAACAAAAACAUGACUGUUGGUGGGGUAAUACAACGCAUGUCAUGGAUUAUUAAAUGAUCCGGAACUUUGAUGCCCUCUGAUUGGUUUAGACAAUAUUUUAGGGUGUGUACCACAAAGUAAGUUCACCUCAACUUAACUUUGAGAGGUUUAUUCAGGAAUUCCCUAUUGACCAUUAGUAGAUUUGCUAACAUUCUCAUCGAUCAAUCAGAUUGUGUGUUUCAAAGCAUGUGUCAGUCUGUCCAGCGUAAUGCUGUUAAUGACGUUACCAAAAAUGAUUAAUUAUGGUCAAAUCACCAUUGAAUACAAAUUUUUUUUAAAUUGAAAGUACAUUUUACUUUUCAUUGCAUUAUGUAUGUUUUUAUUUGUUGAAGGAAAUAAAAAAUAUAUUGUGAAAUUUGUUGUAAAAUUCCUGAUCAUUCGAUAAAACAGCUGUAGUAACUACUGGGGGGGGGGGGAUUAUGGACUUGGUCUGGUGUAGUUGACAGCUUCGGCCGACCAUUAUCUGACCAGGUCCAUAUAGUCCCGAGUCAACCUCAUCUAAAGUCAAUAAUUGUAAUAGAGCCCUUGAGGGAAUAAUUAGAGCCCUUAUCACAAGGAGUCCUUUGAUAAUUUUUAAUAUUCUUUACAUUUACCUGCACAAUACUUCCUGCGUUGUUGUGACUUUUCUCUAUUUUCAGUGCUGAAUUAUGAUUUUUUUUAAUUUAAAUUUUCAAUCAUUUAAAUUGAUAAUUAAAUAAAUUAUUACAUGUUUUUAUAGGCUUAUACAGUUCUUUUUUAUGCAUUUUCUAUAGAUUACUAUUUUAGUGAACUUUUUUGUUAAAUCUUUUCUCUAUAAUGCAUUGAAAAGGUGUUUUGUUUUUGCUAAUACUAUUUUUGCUUGGAGUGGUUUUGAAUAUACUGGAUGUUAGCAUCCAUUAGAAAAUAUAAAGAAUGUACUUAAAAUCAUUACUUAAUACUUAUUUGUUUGAGAAUCAUAAGAACAUUAGUGAUUUUAUCCAUAAUCAAGAUGUUUGUUAAUGUGCUUAUGAAUUAUUUGUUUUGCCAAAAUGAAGGUGUUCGUUUGAAAAUUUUAAAGAAUGUGCUUAAAUAUUUUUAAGAUUUUGUCUUAAUGAAGGUGCUCAUUUGAAAAUUAUAAAGAAUGUGUUUAAAUAUUUUUGAUUUUGUUACAAUGAAGGUGUUCAUUUGAAAAUAAUAUGGAGAAACUAUUAAACCUCUCUCUUUUUUUAAAUUCCUAAUGCUGUUUAGUCUAGUCAUUAUCUCAUUAGAAUUAUUAGAGAAUUUUUUUCCAACUUUGAUCCUAAUUUUUAUGUUUAAUUUUACCAGGUACUCUAUUGAUUGUGUCAUACAGAAGUUAUUCUUAUUGUACCAAGUAUAUGAUCAUAUUUGCUAGUCAAUUGUCAUUGCAAUUAAACCAGAAGAACAAACAAAUAAA